AUUAACUUUAUGUCUUUGACAACUGAUCCAUUCUCAAGAAGUAUCGUCUCAACAACAAUUCCAAUAGACGAUCUUAAAUUCGUAUAUUCUGUACCUUAAGUAGUGGACCCAGAUCCAAUGACUUGCAUAGUAGAAUAAAGUAUCUAAUUUGAAAGUUAAAUGAGCAGCACAUGAAGAAGGAGCUAUUUAUGUUGGAGGAUAUGAAGGAGCAAAAGAUCUAGAAACAUUAAAGAGAUUAAAAAUCAGAGCUGUUUUAACUGCAAGUCAAGAGACAGCUGUUUAGUAUUCUGAUCUUGUCGUUUAAUUUCAUCAUGUAAUUUAAGCACAUGAUAAAGAUGAUUACAAUAUAUUAUAAUUUGCUGACUAAACCUUUGAUUUUAUAGAACGUCAUAGAAAACAUACAAAUAUUUUAGUUCAUUGUUUUUUGGGAAUUAGCAGAUCUCCUACAAUUGUUGCUGCAUAUUUGAUGCGCAAGAAUAAUUUAAAUAUUGAAAAAGCUUUAUGGAAAUUAAAAUCAAAACGAAGACAAGUAAACCCAAAUGCAGGUUUUUUGAAAUAAUUACUCAAUUAUGAAAAACUAUUAUAACAAUAACAACAAUAACAACAAUAAUAAUAAUAAUAAUAAAAACCAAAAAGCAUAUUUAAAAUGGUACGAUAAUAAGCUGUGCCAUAAUCUUAAAUGCUUCCUCCUCAAAGUAGGAUACUUUCUAUGGAUAGUAGAGUUAUGUUUUAGAAACAUCCUUCGUAAUAUAUACCAUAGCCAUAUUAUAAAUGA